UUUGUGUGCUUUAUUCCAAUAGCUAUUAUUUUGUAUUCAAAAUUAUUUAUGAUUUUGUUUUUCCCAAAUUUUUGGUCUUACACGAAAUACGUCAGAAACACAAAACUCGUAAGCAAAACACGUUAAAUUCCUAACAGCAGGUCUCAUAAAAACCAUACAUAUUUCCAAUUACAAUGAUUUCAAACAAGAUUGUACUCCUUUUUUUUGUCGCAUGUUUUGUCGAGAAAUGUAGUAGUACGGUUGAAUGGCGAGAGAUAUUCAAGAGGAACGACAGCAAUAGCGAUGGUCUUAUCGACGCUGUUGAAUUACAGAAAAUAAUAUUCCAAGAUUUCAAAGGAUUCAUCACCGUUCGCCUUGCAGACAUUUAUAUAUCUUUCAUUAAUUUAAACGGAAGCAAUAAAAUAGGUUUUGAACAGUUCAAACGUAUGGCACCGCUAUUCGAGAUUUUGUCGCAGAGGGGAAAUUCAGAGGACAAUGACAAAGUCAACGGUAGUGAGACUAUUUCGGUAGAAAAUUUCCAGGUAAAAUUAUUGCAAAAAUUUGGAGACGUGUUUAAAAAGAAGAUAGAAGUUUUAGAACUAUUCAAGCUCAUCGGUCUAAACGAAAAAGAUUCAAUUGGGAGCGAAAAGUCCAAGGAAAUAGUAGACAUUUUGAGGGCUACUCUAAAGUUAAAUGACCUAUACGGGGUAUUUCGCUUAUUCGACAAGGACAAAAAUAACGUUUUCGACGGCGAAGAACUUGUUGAACUAAUACAAAAGGUACGCCCAGAUUUGGCGGCCGUAGAACGUGCAAAAGCUCAGAUGAAGAGCUACGAUACAAACGGCAACGAUGAGAUUGAUUUUGCUGAAUUUUCAAACCUUUACUGUAGUCCGCUUCCCGCAGAGCAGACGUUCGAAGAUAUGUUUGGUAAACCACUCGUAUCUAUAGACGAACUUAACGAUUUCUAUGAACGACUACUCGGAGGACGACUUCCAUUGAACCUGAUAAAUCAACUAGAUCCUUUACGUAAAAACAAAAUAUCUUAUCAAGACAUCAAUAAAAUUGCAAACGUUUUUUAAAUAGUUAGUGAGGAAACUAUGCACAUUUAAUACAAAUUUCAAGUAUAUAUGUCAAUAGCGAACGUAAUCAAAAGAUUGUCUAAUUAAUUUGUAUAACUGCUAAAGAUUAAUGAUAUUGU